CCCUCUUCCCCACCGGCAACUAACUAAUCGAGCGCAGAGCUGACCCCACCCUCACUGGAUGUGACGGCUGUAUCUGCCUCGGGAGUAAGAGAAAAUGUCGGAGAAAAUCUCGAAGAGUGUGAAAAUUGCUCCAGGAGCAGUCGUGUGUGUGGAGAGCGAGAUCAGGGGAGAUGUGACCAUAGGUCCGCGGACAGUGAUUCAUCCAAAGGCCCGUAUCAUUGCAGAAGCCGGACCAAUAGUGAUUGGAGAGGGCAACCUCAUAGAGGAGCAGGCCUUCAUUUUCAAUGGUUAUCCUGAAAACGUCAUCCCCGACACAGAGGAUGUGGAGCCCAAGCCCAUGAUCAUCGGCACCAACAACGUGUUUGAAGUUGGCUGUUAUUCAGAAGCCAUGAAAAUGGGAGACAACAAUGUCAUCGAAUCCAAAGCCCACGUAGGGAGGAACGUGAUCUUGACAAGCGGCUGCAUCAUCGGGGCCUGCUGCAACCUGAACACCUUCGAGGUGAUCCCUGAGAACACCGUCAUCUAUGGGGCCGACUGCCUUCGCCGGGUCCAGACGGAGAGACCCCAGCCCCAAACCCUCCAGCUGGACUUCCUGAUGAAAAUCUUGCCCAACUACCACCACCUGAAGAAGACCACGAAGGGGAUCGCGGCCCCUGCCAAGAGCUGAGCGAGCAGGGCCCCCGGGAGGAGGGGAGGCCGCUCUGGGCUGGCCUCUGCUCUGGGCUGGCCCGCGGCGUUUCCUCCCGCGUGUCGUCCUUGCCGUGACAGCGGCUGUCUUGUAGCUGGCCGACACUCGUGCAUGCGUCACCCUGACGAAAGGAGCCCGGCCUCGCGGGGAGCAGCCGCUGACUGUUUCUGUGGGGGCCGCCCCGGCCUGCCUCGGCCUGCUCCGGGAGCGGUGCUUCCGAGGCCCUUCCGGGCCCGAUCUGUGCUCCUGCCCCCUCGCUCUGGGCCCCCUUCCUGUAACGGGCACUCGUACAGAAAUAAAGGCGCUUGUGCGAACCCA